AUGAUCCACACAAUUUCUGGCCCAUUAGAACUUUUCAUUUGCUCCGAUUUGCAUUUAGAGAUACCUCUUUCCAAAGUUCCUACACUACCACCUGUGAAGUCCUGCAUUGAGGACUACAAGUAUGAAAAAGUGUUAAUCAUCCUCGGCAAUCAUGAAUUUUAUGGAGGAGAAUAUCACGCUAGAAAACAAGAAAUCAAAGAAGUUGCUCAAUCCUUUCCUGACAACAGAGUUUUGGUACUGGAUCGAGAUUCUUUAUUAGUAUUGGAAGAGAAAACAAAUAGAAAAAUUCGUUUUCUAGGUUGUACAUUAUGGUCUAAUGUACCCUCUCGACAUGAAAGAUUAAUCUCAACAUCUAUUAGUGAUUACAUGUACAUUACAAUAAGAAAAGAAGAAAAUGAAGCACCCAAGAAACUCACAGUGGAAGAUACGAAUAAUUUUCACAGAGGUGAUGUUGAAUGGCUCGUAGGAGAAUUAGAAAAGUGUAAAGAGAAUGGCGAAGAGGUUGUGAUAUUAACACAUCAUGCUCCACUCACAUCAGGAACUUCUCAUCCAAAACAUGAUAGUUCCAUCUAUAAUUAUGCCUUUUCUACCAAUUUGCAAUUCAUUAUUGAUAACUUUAGUGAUCACAUUAAGAUUUGGGGAUUUGGGCACACGCAUUAUUCGAACUCGAUUCAAGUGGGAAAGACUCUUGUGAUUUCCAAUCAACAAGGAUAUCGAGUUGAAUUGGAUAAUGAGAAGGGAUUUGAUUCAAACUUGGUAUUAAGGGUUUAA